GUUUAAAUACAGGUAUCAAGGUUGUAUUUUAUCCAAAGAUUUCCAAUGUAAGUAAGGACCUUAAUCAUCAAAAUUGUUUUUUACUAGCCUUUCAUAAUCUUUACCAAACUUUCAUACUGAAAGUUAAAACUAGCUUUGAAGCCGCUUUACUUCAUUUAUGUUCGUCUCUUUGUUAUCUGAACCACGUUUGUUGUCUUUGUUUUAGUACGAUUAAAAAGCUAUAAUUUCUGAGAGUAACUGACUGGUCUCGAAGUGUUGGUGUGUAGAAACAACAGCGAAUUAUUCCAUCACAAGUUCAGUAAAUCUGGAAUAACAACUGAAGUAGAAUAACGUGAAUUCAUUGUAUUUAGUGGUUUUUUGUCAGCUGCUUACAGCCAUAUACGUUUUACGAUGUAACACUGAGGUAUGAUACGGUGUGAAGCAAGUGAGCUUGUUGGUGAACUAAACUAGAUUAAUACUUUAAUACGCAUACGAUUGCAAGAAGCUGAUGACGAACUACAAAAUAUACGUUGCAGAUGAUGAUCCCGCAAAAAAACGAAACUUAUAGCAGAUUCUUGGCAAAUAUUUCAUUAGUGGUUGCGAAAGUGUCAGUAGCAGUUUAUCUUGUCAAACAGACGCCACCAAGUAUUUCAAGCUACGAUUUUGUCAGAUUUCUUCAGAAUCAGUAUAUGAGAAGGGAGGACGAAAAAGAAGCACUUAUUAAUUAUUAUUUCUUAAAAGAAAGGCAGCCAAGUGACCACAAUUCAAAUUGCGAAAUCAGCUUCAAAAUGAGGACUAAAACAACAGGUGAUAUUUUAGUUUUCUAACAGUACACUUUUACUUUAUUUGUUUUACAGACCUCAGCACCUAUACAGCUUUUAGUUUAAGUCAGCUAAAGAUGACCAAAUUCAAUCUGCAGAAUAUAAUGAUGUUUUUUACAAAUCAAACAGCUAAUCAGUUGAAAUAUUAUUUACAAGAAAUUUUAUCCUCAUCCUACAAUAUCCUUUUUCAUGCUUUUAAAGCAAAUUGUGAGAAAGGAUUGAUUUCUUCAAGGAAACUGAAUACCUUCCUUAGUAUGAAACAAGAUGCAGAGUUUACAUUUCGUUUAUGGAUUAACAAAACAAUGGAGCUGCUAAACGAAAACCCGGAGAGUCUAAUUCAAUGUCUUGAUCUUUUAAGAAAAUUUGUUGUUUCCAAGGAUUUCUCUGCAGAAACAAAUAGUCUUUGGGAUUCAACAAUACUUGAGUUAAAUUUGAUCCUUUCCAGUUCGUUCAAAGCACAUCUAAACACACUAUAUCGUACUAGUAUUGCCCAAUUUACCACUGAGUUCGUAGAUGAUGUAUUAAAAAAACUGUGUGAAAAUUUUCAGACAUUAGCUUCGAAUCAUGGAAAAAUGUUGUUUCUCCAAGUAAGCAAGUGUGCCCAUAUAAUAUGGCUCUCCGUGAAUCUUUUAAAAUCUUUUGAUGAUGAUGAUCAAAUUUUCGACAGAAAACUAGCCUCUCAGUGGGUACAGAUUUUAGACAGAUGGCUUGAAGCACAAAAACCAUCCACCAAUCAAACAGAAAGGUUUUCAAUGGCUCAACUUACUGGAUUAAUGUUUACUAUAUUUGUUUUAAAAAAUAAAAUUAUCAGGCUCACUGCAAAGUUUUAAAAGACAACAAUACUAGAAUACAUAAUGUACA